GGUUUCGAGACAAGACAGCACACGCUGUAAUCUGGGAAAAUCUCUGUGAGAUUUGUGUUUUCUUCUAAAAAUAACGCCUUUGAAUUUAAAAAUGGCGGUGGUAGUCGGUCGAAUAUAUCUGCGAACCGGCGCAGUGCUCGUUCUAGCGGGCAGCGCGUCUGGAAGAGUCGCUGGCAAGAUGGGCGGCUACUCGAAUAAAAUGGGAGGAAAAUCUACCAGUGGUAUCAACGAAGAAAUAAUCUGGAUCAGUAUAAGUAUGGCCAUCGCGAUUGCUGUCCUAAUUGCUAUCGCCCUAUGCUACAUCCUCAAAGAGAAAUGCACUAAACGCCAAGCAUACAAAGAACAAUCAUGACGAUACAAAGAGGAGUUUGCUAGGCACGCGCUAACAGACUCCUAUGACGAUUUUGAAUUCCCAGCCUAUACACUGUACCCUCAAUAUUCGCCAGAUGGCACCGAAUAUUACUAUAACUUCCAUCGUUUCUCUUACUUAAAGAAUUCAUUCAAAUUACCACCCAAAGAUUAUCCCUCUAACGGCCGUGAAGAUAUUUACAUCAAUGCGUGAUAAGGAUAGAGUAAUAAUAAUUUAAACAAUACAACCAUUCUCCGAUAUGUGUAUUGUGUAUCCUACCUAGAUGUGUGUUUAGAUUGUAAACGACGAGGUAGAUAAAAGAAUUUUAAUGAAAAGAAUUUAUGUACGGUAUCUUACAUGUUCAUUCAUAUUAAAUAAUAUUUUGUAUAUAAUAAUAAAAGGCAAAUUUAAACAACUGUGAUAAAAGAUACGGAAAGCGGGGUCAACUCUUUCGAUUCUUGAAAAUUAUUCUAUGCCUAUCUCUCAUUUCAAUACUGACUCUAAGUAUAUUAUAUUAAAAGAAUAAAUUAUAUUGUAAAUAGUUUAACAAUUUAGAUUGAAUAGCAUAAGAAUAAUACUACAAUGAUAGGCAAUUUUAUCGCACAACUGCCUUCGUUGCCAGAAUGUGAACAAAUUGUUUUGGGCAUUGUGCCUGACAGAGACAUACUAUUGUAUAAAUUACUAUUUUUCUUUUAGAGUUAAUGCAUUUGUAAAUAUAUAGCAGUAUAAUUGAUGUAUUAUACUAUCUGGCUAAAGUUAAUCGAAAUAAUUUUGGUUAACCAAAAAUACUUGUUUUUUUUG